GCGCGGCUCAUAGCUGAUCUUUGUGCGAAGCGGAGCAGCAGCGGAGAACAAGCUCAGUCCGAACAGAGGAACACAGAGGAGAACAGCGGCUCUGUAGGCCAGAAAACCCUCUCUACAGCGAUCAACCAGCCACAGCGACGAUCCUAACAUGGUCAGCUGGUGAAGGCGGGUCCAGGCGGAGGACAGCGCCACCCAGGCGUGCAGAGCGGCACUGCGUCCCGUCGCCAAGCUCCGCUGCAGCCGCCAGAUGGACUGCCGGCUCUGAGCACGCAGCGAGUCAGGACCCAAUCAGCCGCGGAGAGGAGCCAGGAGGGAGCAGGACCGGGUCGGGAGAGGAGAGAGGAGGCGAGGGGAGCCAGCAUGUCGUCCAACCGGACCCAGAACCCCCACGGACUGAAACAGAUCGGCCUGGACCAGAUAUGGGACGACCUGCGGGCGGGAAUCCAGCAGGUCUACACGCGGCAGAGCAUGGCCAAGUCGCGCUACAUGGAGCUCUACACACACGUCUAUAACUACUGCACCAGCGUCCACCAGUCCAGCCAGGCCCGGGGCUCCGUCCCUCCAGCCAAACCCUCCAAGAAGUCCACCACUCCGGGCGGGGCGCAGUUCGUCGGCCUGGAGCUCUACAAGCGGCUCAAGGAGUUCCUGAAGAACUACCUGACCAGCCUGCUGAAGGACGGCGAGGACCUGAUGGACGAGUGCGUGCUGAAGUUCUACACGCAGCAGUGGGAGGACUACCGCUUCUCCAGCAAGGUCCUGAACGGGAUCUGCGCCUACCUCAACCGCCACUGGGUCCGGCGGGAGUGUGACGAGGGCCGGAAAGGCAUCUACGAGAUCUACUCUCUGGCGCUGGUGACCUGGAGGGAGUGUUUGUUCCGACCUCUAAACAAGCAGGUGACGAACGCAGUCCUGAAGCUGAUCGAGAGAGAGCGGAACGGUGAGACCAUCAACACCCGGCUGAUCAGCGGCGUCGUCCAGUCCUACGUGGAGCUGGGCCUGAACGAGGAGGACGCCUUCGCCAAAGGGCCCACGCUGUCCGUCUACAAGGAAUACUUCGAGUGCCAGUUCCUGACCGACACGGAGCGUUUCUACACGCGCGAGAGCACCGAGUUCCUGCAGCAGAACCCGGUCACUGAGUACAUGAAGAAGGCCGAGGCCCGGCUGCUGGAGGAGCAGCGCCGCGUCCAGGUCUACCUGCAUGAGUCCACGCAGGACGAGCUGGCCCGCAAGUGUGAGCAGGUUCUGAUCGAGAAGCACCUGGAGAUCUUCCACACCGAGUUCCAGAACCUGCUGGACGCCGACAAGAACGAAGAUCUGGGCCGGAUGUACAACCUGGUGUCUCGGAUCACGGACGGGCUGGGCGAGCUGAAGAAGCUGCUGGAGACCCACAUCCACAACCAGGGCCUGGCCGCCAUCGAGAAGUGUGGCGAGGCGGCGCUCAACGACCCCAAAGUCUACGUCCAAACCACGCUGGACGUCCACAAGAAGUACAACGCGCUGGUCAUGUCCGCCUUCAACAACGACGCCGGCUUCGUGGCCGCGCUCGACAAGGCCUGCGGCCGCUUCAUCAACAACAACGCCGUCACCAGGAUGGCCCAGUCCUCCAGCAAGUCCCCCGAGCUGCUGGCCCGAUACUGCGACUCCCUGCUCAAGAAGAGCUCCAAGAACCCGGAGGAGGCGGAGCUUGAGGACACGCUGAACCAAGUGAUGGUUGUGUUCAAGUACAUCGAGGACAAAGACGUUUUCCAGAAGUUUUACGCCAAGAUGCUGGCCAAGCGGCUGGUGCACCAGAACAGCGCCAGCGACGACGCCGAGGCCAGCAUGAUCUCCAAGCUGAAGCAAGCCUGCGGCUUUGAAUACACGUCCAAGCUGCAGCGGAUGUUCCAGGACAUCGGCGUCAGCAAAGACCUCAACGAACAGUUCAAGAAGCACCUCAGCAACUCCGAGCCGCUGGACUUGGACUUCAGCAUCCAGGUGCUGAGCUCCGGGUCCUGGCCGUUCCAGCAGUCCUGCACCUUCGCUCUGCCCUCAGAGCUGGAGCGGAGCUACCAGCGCUUCACGGCGUUCUACGCCAGCAGGCACAGCGGCAGGAAGCUCACCUGGCUGUACCACCUGUCCAAAGGAGAGCUGGUCACCAACUGCUUCAAGAACAGGUACACCCUGCAGGCCUCCACCUUCCAGAUGGCCAUCCUGCUGCAGUACAACACGGAGGACAGCUACACGGUGCAGCAGCUGACCGACAGCACGCAGAUCAAAACCGACAUCCUGGUUCAGGUUCUGCAGAUCCUGUUGAAGUCCAAACUGCUGGUUAUGGAGGACGAGAACGCCAACGUGGACGAGGUGGACUUCAAACCGGACACGGUCAUCAAGCUGUUCCUGGGAUACAAGAACAAGAAGCUGAGGGUGAACAUCAACGUGCCGAUGAAGACGGAGCAGAAGCAGGAGCAGGAGACGACCCACAAGAACAUCGAGGAGGACCGGAAGCUCCUGAUCCAGGCCGCCAUAGUGAGGAUCAUGAAGAUGAGGAAGGUUCUGAAGCACCAGCAGCUCCUGGCUGAAGUUCUGAACCAGCUGUCGUCCCGGUUCAAACCCAGAGUUCCCGUCAUCAAGAAAUGCAUCGACAUCCUGAUAGAGAAGGAGUACCUGGAGCGAGUGGACGGAGAGAAGGACACCUACAGCUACCUGGCCUGAUCUCAUCGCCGCGGCGACUCCCCUCACUUUGAUUUUUAUUUGUAACCUUUUUUUUUUUUAAUUUGAUGUCUGAGUAAAUAACGUGUGGAUCUGAGGGGCGGAGCCGCCCAACCAUGUGGCCGCACCAAACAGGAAGAGGAGGGUUUGUGCUGCGAUGAAGGAAGAAACGCCCCUGCUGUCGAGGCUGGGAAACCCCGUGUACUCGCUCGCCCGUCCCAUUGACUCGCCCUCAUGUUGUAAAUAACAGACUGUAAGAGGAAUGAAACCCUUCUCUGCAUAGUGCAAACGUUCAUGAAUUAGUCUGAGGAGCGCCGCCGCACCCAAAGGUUCUGCAUGCUACCACGGCGACCGCACGGCGAGCCAGGCCGCUGAGCGAGGAUCGGACCGGCGCCGGCCGCAGGCAGGAGGCCGGAUCCAUUACUGAACGGUGGACAUUUGUAUAGUGUGGUUCAUUUUCUAAAUGUGUGAUAAAUAAAAACAAGGAAAGAUUUCUCUA